UAUUGACAAGAUAAAAUGACCAUAAUAGGUCGCCGCCUACAAAGAUUUGCAGAGCGGAUGAUACCGCAACUGGUUUCACCAACCGCCGCAUCGCCUUUUCUACCCAUUCUCAAUCUACGCUCCUCCACCACCAUGAGCGCCGCCGCACCUCUAGAAGCCCUUUUCAAGGAGAAAAAGGCGCUUCGCUCCAGAGUCAGGAAACAGCUCAAGUCAAUGGACCCCGCCCUCAGAUCUCAAGAAGAUGAGGCAAUCCAGCGUGUGGUUUUGGAGGCUCCUUGGUUCAAGUCUUGUACACGACUCUGUGCUUAUAUCAGCUGUGCUGCUUUGAGAGAAGUUGAUACUUCUAAAGUGUUGUCUGAAAUCUUGAAAAAUACACCCCAAGAUGAUGAUUCGCAGGCAAGGAAGAAGCUCUAUGUUCCGAGGGUGGAAGACAAGAACAGUUUCAUGAGGAUGUUGAACAUCACUAGGAUGGAUGAUUUGGUUGCAAACUCAAUGGAUAUUUUGGAACCUGAACCUUGUGAUGCUGAGGGGAAGGAACGUGAAGACGUCAUGCUUGCAGAUGAACCUGUAGACUUGUUUCUUUUACCUGGGCUUGCUUUUGACAAAUCUGGUAGGCGCAUUGGCCGCGGGGGAGGUUAUUACGACACAUUCCUCACAAAAUACCAAGAGCUUGCAAAGGAUCGUAAGUGGAAGAAACCACUAUUUGUUGCUCUUUCUUAUUCACUGCAAAUAUUGGAAGAUGGUGUUAUACCCAUCACCCCCAACGAUGUCCCCAUUGAUGCUCUUGCCUCAUCCUCUGGGGUGAUCCAUAUUAGUCAAGCAGCCAACGAGAUGCGCCUGUGAUAGAGGUACGACUCAUCACCACGUUUGUCCGCUGAGUUUCUCAAGCAGCAUAUGUUACAAGGAAAUUUGGAAUUGUUGCUGGACAAAAUGCUCUUAAACACAAUGAAUGUAUCACAUCUCUAUUUCAUUUUUCCUGAUUUUUGCUGGAUUUCAUGUAUUCCUACAAUUUACCUAUGCAUCUAUGUUUCAGUUCUUACAACAGAUUGGUCUAUUAUAUAAAUCAUAAAGGAAGAUUAUUUCUUGGUUUUUCA